ACUUUAGUGAUGCUAUCCACCACAGCAAAUAGUAAAGUGAAAAGUUCGAGAAUACCGGAGAAUACUGAUAAUUUAGAUCGGGACGAUUUCGGACAUGAAAACACUACGGACGAUAAGGUCAGAGGUUAUGUUAGCUCGUAUGAUGGCUCCACGUCGUUUGGAGGGCCUCGGGACUCCCGCUUCCGGUCUCGCGGCCGCGUCACCGAGUUCCGACACUCCCGGGGCGGCGGCAGGGGCGGGUCGCGCGGCCGCGGCGGUUUCCCGCCACGACCGACGUUCGAUCACGAUGAGAACUCGCACAAGUACCACGAACCGCUAGGACCGACUAACAGCGACGGCUGGUCGCAAGGAAACAACAAAUUCUACGACAGAUCAGACUUGGCAGUAAAUCUGCCCGAGGACCCUCGUAUAUCCAAACUUCUGCGCCGACUUUGUGCUGAAAGCGAUGUCGAGAAAUCGCUGGUCAUUUGCAACAAGCUGCAGGAUGCUGUCAUGCUGCCAGAAAAUGCACGCUAUAUUCGAAGAUCAUAUGAUAUCUUAGUUGAAUCCUUAUUAGACGUGCUUUAUGAUGCCCCCAGUCAAGAAACUAAAGAGAAUGCAGCCACAGUAUUGGGCAGAAUUGGAUUUGUCAUGGGCCCUGAUUAUCGGAAACACUUAGAUUGGAUUUUCUCAACAUAUGCUGUACACAACACUACUAUCAAGCACCUGCUCAUACUUUCAUUCUCUGAGACAUUCCAGCUAGACUUGCAGACUCCUAGCUUGGCCGAGUUUGCAGAGAUGACACUGGAGAAACUCCAAGGUAUUAUUGAAGCUACAGACUCGGCCGAUGUGUUCAUGGCAGCUAUCAAUGCUAUGAUAAUGAUGUCCAACUCUUACCCUGAACACUUUGCUAAUCAUUUUGUAGACACUGUUGACAUAUUGGUAGGCUGGCAUGUUGAUAAUGCCCAGCCUAAUAAGAUCAGAGAGUUUUCACUGCAAUCACUAUUUAAGUUGAGCCGCCAUUGGCAGGCUGAUGUUGGAUUUUCUGUUAAUUUGCUUAAUCAAUUUGUGGAAGACAUGGUGGCUUACUGUCAUGAGUUGGACUCAAACAAAGCUGACAAGGAGGGAGAUAUAAAUUCCCACGAGGAUUGCAUGCAGAAAAUAGCAUCUUUUUUCAAUGUUUUCAACACUGUUGUAAAAAGUUUGGGAACACUAUUGAAUCCUAAUGUGUCUCAAGUAGUCUCAUGGUCUUUCUUAUCAGACUCUCUCUCAAAAGUACUACAGGUUAUGACUGAUGCACUUAAGGAAGAUGCAGAGUCUGAACUUAUUUUUGCAGGCAAUGAUUGUGUAAUGUUACUCAUUAAAUAUUUACAGACAAAAUCAACUCCUUGUCUCGCAACGCUUUUUGCUUUAGUGUCUAUAGAGAUGAAUACUUACUUGCAAGUUGAUGAGAAACUAUGUCUUAGCAUUAUAAACUUAAUAUCAACAGCAAUAAAAGAAAUUGCAUCAAACUUGACAUUAGAGUUCAUAACACAAAUAAUUGGACCACAGUCCCUGUUGCGUCCAUUGCGCUUCUCAGAGAGCAGACAGGUAUUAAUUGGUGUAAUGUCCAUUUACAGCAAUCUACUUAACUUGAAGAAUAUUCCUCUUUUGCAAGAGGCUUACAAAUAUGUUCUGACAGACAUACAAAAUUCUUAUACUAUAAUAUUGCCUCAUAUAAAGAUUAUACAGGUUCAGUACACGGAGGUAGUGAGCGAGAAUGAUGCAGAGAGAAAUAUUAUAUUUUAUCUUCAAUGUUUAUCAGAGCUGGCAAACACCAGUAACUCAAUUAUUGGAAUGUGGGCUUUACAACCAAGCAUUUUGGAACUACUGGCAAUAAAGAUGUAUCCACAUGAUGAGAUUUUGAUGAAAGAGAGACCUGCACUGCAGUAUGCCAUACUUUAUCUUCUCUAUUCCCACUGCAAGAAGAACAAUCAUUUUAUAGCCUCAAGUGACUUAGUGAUGGAUUCUCAACAGAGAUCAAGUGAUCUUUUUGGAUUAUCUAAUCUUACAUUAGGAGAGGUAUCUAGUUCCAGCCCCACCUCUGGCCACCUAGCAGUCAUACUAAAUAUACUGAGUAUUGUACUGGAUGACCAAAUGCCGAAUGAAAGUUUAAUCCUUAUUUUGACAUGGGUUUCAGAUAUAUUUCGUCAAUUAGAUAAAUACUUGCCCAUAGUCAACAUGUCAAAACCAUUUAAUGUUCUGCUAAAAAACAUGCUUACCUUAGGAUAUAGCUUUGAUAGCAUCAUUGUUUUGCUUGUAAUGAAGAACUUUCAUUUCUUAUUGAAGAACAAGAACAUGGACUUGAACAUGCGUCUGCUGAGAACAUUAACAGUUUUAUGUAUAUUACACAUAGAUAACCAAAACAAAACAUUAGCAAAACUGUGCAAGGAAAUAUUGUUUGGACUGCCAUGGGACACAGUACAGCAAGAAUUGGAUAAACAAAUUGUAAAGAAAUUUGCGAGCCGCAAAUUUACUCACCUAAUUAUUAAUUGUGACACAAAGAUAAAUUCAUUCAAAGAGUAUUUAAUGAAAGGUUCUUUCUCCAUGCUGGCCAAUCAUCAGUUCAAAGCAAUAAUUAACUGCCUCAUGCAUGUAAAUCUUAAUGACAAAGACUUCCUGCUUAACAUAUUUGUGUCUUCUUGGCCUGUGCAGAGUUAUGAUACUGAUGAAAAUAAUUUAAAUUUCUUCAGACAGUGUGUAUCAAAUUUCUCAUCUGUCUGUGUUAACUGGGCUCUCUCAGAAUUGGCUCACACAUGCAUAUCACUAAAACUUCGUACUGUACUAGGCAAGCCCCAGGAAACUUUUACAAAAAUAGAAGGAACCUUAAAGGGAGUUGCAAGAGAAAUAUCAUCUUCUGAAACAAAGUAUGUUGCUGAUGGUCACAAAGAUCUACUAAAGACUGUUACAACAGAGCAGAUCAGAUCGCGGUGGCUUAUUGAUUUUAUGAUGUUCUUAGAGAAAUAUACUUACAAUGCAGCAGAAGGUACUGCUACUGUUCUCCCGACAGUUGCAAAGCCCGUAAAAACAUUUUUUCACACCAACUGGCCCACUUGUCGGGAAUGGCUGAAUAGAGUGCGGCCCGCUGCACUUGCAGUCAGUGUUUACGGUGGAAAUUAUGGAGCGGCGAUAUAUCAUGCAUCAUUUAUAUUGCAAAACGCUGCAUCAUCAAGCACCAAUAUUGAUAUAGAGGCGAUAUUAAUGAGUGUAUCUCGAGCCUUGAUAAAAAUCAAAGAACCAGAAGUUCUGCAUGGCCUUUAUGUGUGGAUUAAACAAAAAUUUGGUCUUAAAAUACCAUGGUUGAAAGGGGCAGCAGAACAAGCAAACGCACGCUAUGAAAUAGCAGCCGAUUUUUACAAAGUUCUGUGUAAUGAUAAGACUAACGAGUCAGGUAAUGACACAAAGCCUAUAUUGGAUACUAAGGCAUUGAAAUUUGUCAAUGAGCAAAUAUACGACAGUUAUAAGAAAAUUCAAAGUUGGGAAGAUAUGGAAGACUGGAAAGAAGUGACAGAAGGAAGUGGUUGCAGCUCACAUUGGGAGUCUUUAACAGCAUUAAAACUAUUUGACGAAAAUAAUGAGAUACCUGACUUAGGAGAUUGGGAUAUUCUUAAUCCAGCAGCCAAAGAGAUGCCUAAAAAUACGACAUCAUACCAGUCGCUACUAGAUAAAAUAGAGACUACAUUAAUAUGUUCAGCAAUAAAUUUAUACAACAAAGAUUAUGAUGAAAAAUAUAAACUAUUACUAAACGACUGUGAAGAUUUAUUAAAUAAAAGUGCAGAAGAAUUCGCUAGAAGUAAUGCUGUACAUUUCAUUAAAGAUAUUGCUGUACUGCAGUUAGCUAAUCAGGGUUUAUUGAAUUUCGUGAAAAAUGGAAAAGCAAGUACUAACCCAUUCAAAUCAUCAGCUCUGAAAGAAAACAGUUUUGGAACAGAAAUGAAAAGUUUGAUACAAGUUUCAUGGUGGCACCAGUAUUUUACUAAACUAAACAUGACUGAAGAAAAUAUAUUUUAUGAUGAAUGUUUGCGACUAGACGUAAUAAGAAGCGCAAGAAAAAAUGGCAACUCACAAAUGUGUGAGCGAGAGCUCAUAAGGCAUUUCAAAAAUAAUUCAGCUUUUCAGCUGUGUUUAAAUGUUAACAGCUUAGAUGACGUAUUUGAUGUUCUUCUUUUAUCCGAUACUACAUAUGAUUUAGACAUAUGGACACUAAACAAUGCUUGUGCGCUGACAGAACUUUGCAAGGUUACCUAUGCCAAAGAAGAUUUAAAAUUGCAAGCUAUCAACCUGUGUGCAAGUAUAUCUCUGGGAUUUUCUCAGAGAAUAGCAUUGGGCGAGCAAAGCUACGAGCUCCGGGAAAAAGGCACGAGAAUGUUAUUGACUCUAUCAAAAUGGGUGCAAAACGAAAAUGAAAACAUUUUAGUGAAAGAUUCGCACUUGAUAAAAUUGAUUACAGCUUUACCAGAAAUUGGCCUAGUAGAUAAUAAUAUUUCAGAAAACGUUAUUCCGUUAACUGAUGCGGCAGUUGGAAAAUUGCUGCAGUUUGGAGUUAAUCAAUGUCCCGGUUUAGCAAAAGCUUGGGCUAGUUUCGCCGCUUGGUGUUUUAGAUGGGGCCGUAAAAUGGUCGAGUUUAGUUCCAAAACUCGAGAGCAACUCACGGACAAUGAUAAGCUUCAGAUUGAAAGUGUUAUGAUUGGAUGUUCGCCACAAGAUUUCGAAGCAGUGUGUGAAAUAUUAUCGAAAACUAAGGCAACUUGUGAUGAAGAAGAUAUCGACUGGAAUGAAAUAAAUACAUCUGAAAUGAUUGAAAGUCAACUGCGUUCGGUUCCAUCAUUGAACAAUGCUUUCCCCGAGCAUCUCGCUUUGCUGGUUGAUAUCUGGCGACAAGCACAAAAAAGAGUCUUUUCAUACUUCGAAUUAGCAGCAGACGCUUACUUUAAGUUUUUACAACUGAUAUGUGCUUCCGACUAUAUCAAUCACAGUGGGGAAAACGCUGUCGUCACUGCGACCCUUAGACUUCUACGGCUGAUAGUUAAACACGCUAUGGAGUUGCAAACAGUCCUCGAGUCUGGAUUAGCAAAUACGCCCACUCAACCUUGGAAAGUAAUAAUUCCUCAACUAUUUUCCAGGCUUAAUCACCCAGAAACAUAUGUUAGAAAAUGCGUUUCUGACUUGCUAUGUAGAUUGGCAGAGGAUACACCGCAUCUUAUCACUUUCCCUGCAGUAGUAGGUGCUGUAGAAAAUGAACAAAACAGUAUAACUGACUUACACGUACCAAGAUCUUUCUUGUCGAAUGACGCCGAUAGCGAUGAUGAUAAUUUAGACCUGGAAGAUUCCGGUAGCGAUAAAGUCGUAAAUAAUGAGUUGAAUUCUUGCUUCCUCGAUAUGGUGGAAACUUUGGCCAAGCAAGCCCCUCAAACAAUUUUGCAAGUUAAGCUUUUGGUGAAAGAGUUACAGAGAAUAAACUUACUGUGGGAUGAAUUGUGUCUUGGUACUCUCGCUCAACACCAUUCGGAAUUCAGCAAGCGUCUUACUCAGUUGGAGACAGAAAUCAUAAAAGUAAAGAAUAACUCAAAUCUAACACCCGAAGAGAAAGAAAAACUCAUUAAGGAAAAGCAUCGUAUUAUAUUUGAACCUGUCGUGUUUGUUUUGGAGCAGCUCAAUCAAAUAACUUCAGCGGCGCCAGAGACACCACACGAGACUGCUUUCCAGACCAGGUUCCACAGCGUAAUCUUAGAUGUUAUUGACAAAUUGAAGAAUCCGGCUAAUCCGGAAAAGCCUCAAGAAUCUUGGGCACCGUUGAAACAAUUUCAAAUUAAACUACAGCAAAAGGUUAAUAAGAGAACAUCUUAUAUAUUGAAAAUGUCCGAUAUAAGUCCCGUGCUAGCCGACAUGAAGAACACUGUAAUCACUAUGCCGGGUGUGCAUACCAACCAACGCACCGUGAGAGUCACGAUCAAGUCGAUAGAAAACAACGUGGCUAUUUUACCGACCAAAACGAGGCCUAAAAAGUUGGUCUUCUAUGGUUCGGACGGAAAAUCGUACACAUACCUAUUCAAAGGUCUCGAAGACUUGCAUUUGGAUGAAAGAAUAAUGCAGUUGUUAUCGAUAACUAACACCAUGUUAGCGCGGGAUUCUGAGAACAACGAAAACCAAACGUACAGAGCUCGACACUAUUCUGUAAUUCCUCUCGGGCCUCGGUCCGGUUUGAUAAGUUGGGUGGACAACGUGACGCCUCUGUUCGCGUUGUACAAGCGCUGGCAAAACCGCGAAGCUGCCAUGCAGUCUGCGAAAAUUAAUAAGCCCGUGAACGUACUCAGACCUUCGGAGCUGUUUUAUAACAAGCUCAAUCCACUAUUGAAAGAAGCUGGAGUAUCCACGGAGAACAGGAAGGAAUGGCCGGUGUCAAUCUUGAAGCAAGUCCUGCAGGAACUCACAGCGGAGACUCCGAGUGACUUGCUCGCGCGGGAGCUCUGGUGCAGCAGUGUCAACCCCGAGCAGUGGUGGCAGAUGACGCGUCGGUAUAGUUACUCUGUGGCGGUGAUGAGCACGAUCGGUUACAUUAUCGGUUUGGGCGAUAGACAUUUGGAUAAUGUGCUGGUGGACUUGACGUCCGGUGAGGUGGUGCAUAUAGACUAUAACGUGUGCUUCGAGAAGGGGAAGACGUUGCGUGUUCCGGAGAAGGUCCCCUUCAGGAUGACUCCCAACUUGGUGACGGCGCUCGGCGUGACAGGAGUUGAGGGCAUCUUCCGGCUGGCGUGCGAGCACGUGGUGCGCACCAUGCGGCGCGGGCGCGAGACGCUGCUCACGCUGCUGGAGGCCUUCGUGUACGACCCGCUGGUGGAGUGGGGCGGCGGGCGGCGGCGGCGCGGCGUGCGCCACGUUCGGGCCGCGCGCGCCAUGCUCGCCGUGCGCGUGCGCGAGCUGCGCCACACCGCCGCCGAACUCACGGAACAACUUUUGGCCAUACUUCCCGAAGUUAAACAAAGCGCCGGGAAAUGGUUAGAAGAAAACGAGGAGUUUAAAGCUAUCGAGGCUAAACUUCAAAUGUGCCACCAGCAGAUGGCUUUGAUUAAGGAGAUCGAAGCUUACGGGACCAAUCUCAGCAACCAUCCGCUGCACGCCAUCUCCCAAAAGUACACUUCUUACAAGCAAGCCAAGAAUGCCGUCGAAGAUUCCAUGAAAGCUCUCGUUAAAAUUCUAAACGAUUUUGACACGCAACUUGAAAGCUUUUCUAAGACCAAUGACGUUUUGAAUGGGCCACAACUGAUGGCGUGGGUGCAGGAGUUCUCCGGUCCUCAAGAAGCAGAGGAGGAAGGACAAAUAUUCGAAAACAUAAAAGAAUUUUUGACGAACGCUGGUCAGAGUUCGAUGUUAACCCAAUGCGAGCAGGCCGAACUUGAAUUAAAUCAAAGCAUGAAACAAACUCAUCUUCUAGUGAGAUCAUGUCUCGAGCUGCUCACCCAAUACGUCGCGGUCUCCCAAUACUAUCCGCAAAGUCAAACAGAAUUCCAUCGCAUGACGAUGCUCCGAAAGUAUCUCGCCGCCGCUUUGGAGAGCAAGUCCCCGGAAGUUUGCCGCGAAGUGUCCAACCAGGUCACGGCGCUGGUCAACUCGGAUUCAAAUUCUGGCGACUCGCAGCAAAUCGUCGCUUACAAUUUCCGCUUACAACAAGUAAACGCCGAAGCCACUGCACAUUUGAACAAAUGUCUGGAAAGAUUGCAACAAGAGGGAGGUCCCGAUGCCAUUGCCGUAGCGCAAGAAGCUUACGUUGAGGCCAAAAACAGUAUAAGUAAUUGGGUGCGGACCGAGGAAGGCGCGCCAGCCAUUUUAGAGAAUGUCGUGAUCGGAAUGUUGUGCAAUUUGAACAGACGAUAUCUUAUGCUCGAAAAUGGUGCGCAAAGUGCCGGAGACUGUCUGGUAGAUUUGACUUCUAUGGAAGGAGAAUGGUUCCUCGAUGAUAUGAAUUCGUUAUCGAUGCAAGCGGUCGAGCUGCUGUCCCUUCUGCCUUUGCAGUCGGCGUCCGUCGAAGACGCCGCUCUGCCGGUGGCCGUCGAAUGCGUCCGAAACGCCAACUUACUCCUCGCUGACUUGGUGCAGUUAAACUACAACUUCAGCACCAUUAUACUACCAGAAGCUCUUAAAAAACUUCACUCGGAAGACGCUUCCGCUGUGUUAAUGAUAAAUGAGCUGAACAACGUCAUUAUGACUUCACCCAUACCCUUGAACGAUCUGUUGGCGCAGCUGGAGAUGCAUUUCAGAUACCUCGUUAUGGACAUGGAGUCCCCGGCAGCUAGCGCCCAGCACAUAACAGCGAAGCUGCGCGCCCGGUACGAAGCGCUGCUGUCUCCGCCGUCCGAGGGCGACAGCCAGUCGGGCGGCCGCAUGCUGCUGAUGGGCUUCAACGGGCUGUUCGCGGCCGUGGAGCUGCGCGGCCGGGAGCUGGCCGACCACCUGGCCGCGCCCACGCCGCCCGCCUGGCGCAAGAUCGACCACAUCAACGACGCCAUGCACAUGUCGGCGGCGAUGCAGAGUCCGGCGCUGCGCUCCGUGCUGGAGGACAUCUUCGUGGUGCGGCGCAUCCAGACGGCGGCCGAGGUGUUCACGCUGUGCGCGCAGCUCGCCUGCGCCUUCCGCGCCGCGCCCGCCGCGCCCGCGCCGCCGCCCGCCGCCGUCGUGCUGGACGACGCCGCGCUCUGCAAGCCGGUCCGCAGGUUCACAGCCGAGUACGUGUCCCGCUGCGUGCUGGGCGUGCACUCGAAGGCGCUGGCGUCCGUGCUGUGUCUGCUGCUGCGCCGCGCGCGCCUCGACCUGCACGCCGAGGUGGAGCAGAAGGAGAUCGGCGCAUCGUGGAGCGUCUCGCUGGAGUCUCUGUGCGAGAAGGCGGCGACGGUGGGCGAGCGCCGCACGCGCGCGCGCGCCGCGUCGCUGGCGGCGGCGCUGCAGGCGGGCCGCGCGCGCGCGCACCGCGCCGCGCUGGCCACGCGCGCCGUGGAGCGAGCGCGGGCCGUGGCGCGCGCCAGCCGCCUGCGCACCGCGGCGCACGCGCAGCUGCACGCCGAGGUCCUCAACAGCAACCAGGACCCCAGCCCGCUGCUGGCGCGGCGCGCGCGCGACCUCAGCGCUGCCGUGGAGCGCCUGGACACUGGCACUGCCAAGGCGCAGACCCUCGUCACCGCCGCGCACCAGAGAGUGAAGUGGGGCGCGGGCGCCAACCCCGCGCUGCGCUCCGUGGUGCGCGCGCUGGAGAGCGGCUGGGCGGCGCGCGGCGCGGGCGCGCGCACGCUGUCGGCCGCGGCCGCCGCGCUGGCGCCGCACGCGCGCGUGGCCGCCGCCCUGAGCGCCGCGCCCGCCGCACGGGCCGCACGCGCCGCACGCACCGCUAAAGCCGCCAAGACGGCCAAGACUGCGCUCGCGCAUUGGGAAAAGGCGUGCACGCUGGCGCAGAAGUACUCGCUGCAGGUGUCGCCCACCGAGGAGUCGCUCAUGGAGAUGCUGCACCCCGAGGGAAACAUCGACGCGCAGUGGGUGGGCAACGUGUCAGCGCUGGUCCGCGAGACGGCCAGCGCGGCGACGGCGGCGCGCGCGGCGGCGCUGGGCCGCGUGCAGGCCGCGGGCGACGCGCUGCGGGCCGCCGCCAACAAGCUGGUGCACGCCGCGCUCGAGCGCGACUCGCUGCUGGCGGAGCUCAAGGCGCCGCUGCAGGCCUUGCUGCAGCUUAAUGACGGAGACAACCCGGCGCAGGAGUUCUCGACGCUGUGGCGCAGUGUGACGGAGCAGAUCGACUGCAUCUCGCUGGAGCCCGACGCGGAGGCGCGCGUGCGGGCGGCGGAGCGCGCCGCCGCGCAGCUGCAGACCGACCUGCCCGCGCUGCUGCAGCUGCUGCUCGAUCUGCCAGGCGGCGCGGCGGACGGCGGCCGCAAGCUGCUGCGCCAGGCUGCGCUCCCCCGCGCCAGUGUGCGACACGUGGGCGAGCAGCGCAGCGCGACGGGCGCGGGCGUGUGGAAGCGGGUGCGCCUCAAGCUGGAGGGGCGCGACCCCCCCACGCGGAGACCGCAGCCGCAGGACCAGGUGGACUACAUAAUAUCGGAAGCGACUAGCGCAGAGAACCUGUGCCUGAUGUACGAGGGUUGGAUGGCGUGGGUCUGAGCGACCCGGACCCCCCGCGCCCCCCCGCCCCGGCGCCCCGUGCCCCGGAGACGACGGCAGCGAGUGACGCCCCCGCUCGCGCCAGUGGCGCCGGCCGCGUCGACAGCCGGCCGACACGAGCGGCACUAGUUGCCUCCCGACAGGUACUAGACGCGGACGCACGACGCCGACGCGUGCCGUCGACGCGACGUUGACGUGACGUCGACUUCAUCGGAAACGUUACACUGAGCGAGGUGUUCUGUGUAUCUACACUAUUCCUUGGGUAUACUGAUUGUUACAUCUGUACGAAUUCAAACGAUAUAUAAGCGUACGUGCGAUACGCUGCAUACAAUCGCUGGUAUACCACUUUUUUCUGAUCGCAUUCUGUUACACGUAUUUAAUACUUGAAAAUCGAAAAGUAUCAAGAAACUUCGAUUAAACUAUUGAAUGUAAAACCUAAACGGAGCAGUACCAUAUAGACGGCAGGCCGAAGUAUUUAGUGAUAGGAUUUAUUGUUUUAUUAGGACGGCUUUCGAAAUAUAUAAACUCUAUGUAGUAUCGGAAAUCUACUCACGAACUUGUAGAUCGUGGACGUCGAAAAAUUGUGGAAGCUAUCGUGUCAAAAAAAAAUAUAAAAAAAAAAACAAAAAAUAUAUAUAAUUAAUUAAAUAAAAAUGCUUUCUCUUGGUGUUAACUGUUCAAACUCCACAAUUUUUGAUCGUACUUUUUGACAUAUUCGACUUCAUUCGUCAUUCUUCAUAACAUGGUUUCCAUUGUACGACGACAAAUUGACGUUUAAAGUAAAUUUAAUAUUAAUAUCACUAUCCAAUAUAUAUUCACGCAUAUUUAAAUGUUAUCGUAUGUAGGCGAGAGCUUAUUUUCUGUAAUUUCAUUGAACGGAGCGCACAUUGCAAAUGUUUGAAAAAAAAUUAACUGUACUUAUAGAUAGUUCACAUUACAAAGUAACCUUUGAACAUUUUGAUCGUUGUUGCAUUAAUUAGGUAUUAAAUGUAGUAACUCGUACAGAUGUCGGAGAUUCUCCUCGGAAAAUCAACUUUUUUCUGCUGAUUUUUGGGGUUUUUGAGACUCCAGACAUCUGUAACCUUUUAGAGAUCAGUCUUAGUAUGCACAAUUAUUAGUUAAAAAUAGAUUAUAUAUCAAACAUUACCGUACAGCUGUAUAGCAGCGACGCACUGCGAAGGCCGUUGUGAAAUCUUACAAUAGUGUUGUAACUUGAAGGAGCAUUACGAAGUGCACACAUCUUCGUCGAUGUAUUAGCUAUGGCAAUAAGACCAACUCCAUGUAUUGAGUUUCAAGUUAAAUUUAAAUCAUAAAGCCUAUGUAGCUUCUAUGGAAAACCUUUGAUUUUCAAUUAUUCAAUAUUUUACAAUACAUCAUUAUUUAACAAAAACAUUUUGCUGUAAUUUUUAAAUUAAUUAUUGUAUCCAUAAAUUUUAUACUGCAUUAUAAUUAAAACUUAUGAAUGUCACAAACAUCAAAACGGCCUUCUUACUGUGUGGCAGAUAAACGUGUACAAGCAAUUUUAAAUAUUAAUUCUACUUGUGUUAGAGCUAAUUCAAUGUUUGCUAUAACUAGUUGCUUAAGCGAAAGCGAUCCCUAUAGGACUAGAUCUAGACUGUUCUAGACUAUGUCAUCCCUCGUUGAGAUCUGUGUGCUAAUAUUGCAAAUCACGUAAUAUUGAUGUUGAUAAUCCAUACAAGAGUAUAAUAUAAGUUAUAUGGUAUCUAAGUGUUCAAUAUUAUUCAAUUUAAAAGUAUAUAGAUGUGUUUAUGUAUUAAAAAUCACUACAGUUUGAUGCUGCAUAAACAUAAUACACUUUAUUUCAUUGCAUAGUCUAUUAUAUAUGAACUAUUUAAUUUUUUAAUAUGUAUUUCAUCAGUAGUACCUCCAUAAAACGAAAAUAAAAUCUACAAAUGAAAAUAAUAAUUUUAAAAUUCGAAUAGUUUGAAAAUCAAUUUUACUGAUAAAAUCAAUAUAUUUUAGUUUUACUGAUAUAAAUAUAGAAUUUGAUAUCAUUAAAAAAUAAAAUACACAUUUUUUGGUUCCAAAAAUUCAGACUAAGUUGGCCAAGCAUUGCAUUUCUUUUCGAUCAAUUUAAAACAAGGCUUAGUUAUAAUUAUUGAGGUUCUACUGUUUUUUAACGGAUUCAUUCGAUGUUAAGACAGCAAGUAAUACUUUAAUGAUGCACCGAAAAUAAGCUCUUAAUAUAAAUAUGUAUGCAUUAGUACCACGCGAGUGUCUGUCAGUUGAAUGUAGACUAAAUAUAAUCCUUACAUGUAUUCACUGUAGAAUGUAGUGUGUGUGUGUUUGAGAAUGCAUUUGUUACAAAACCUUUUACGAUACUAUUCAUUCAAUUUUAAAUUAUUAUUUUUAAAAUAUGAAAGCACAAAAACUAAUUGAAGAAUCUAUGUAUGUAUUUCAUUGUUUAGCUGUAUACUUUUCAAUUAAUUGAUGAACUCAAAAUUAUUUGGCCUUUUAUGUGAUCCUAAGGACAAAUUAAGAUCGACGCUCUAUUUUUAAAAUAAAUUUUAAAAUAUUACUUUUUUUAUUAUGUUGUAAAUUCAUCAGCACUCCCCUAUUCUAUUAAAUGAUCCUUCAAUGGCAAAAAAUAAUUUUAUUCUUCCAAAAUUUGAAUAAAUUUAUUUUCUUUUUCAUUUAUAAAUAAAUGUAAAUUUAACUUUUUAAAAACAUUUAAUGAAUUUCCUGCAAUUAUUUAUUCUAAAUUUAAUACAUUAGUAGUUACUUACUUAUGAAAAUUUUACAUAGAACGAUAAUUUCGUAUUUGGUUAUUGCCAACAACACUUUUAACAAUUUGAGUUAGGUACCUAUACAGUUUAAUUUUACUGUUGAUUAGAAGAGUUAAUUUUUAGAAAAUUUACUCUGCAUUCGGUUCUGUGGGGAUAUAUUAAAUUUCAUGAUCACAUCAGCCUAUUUUAACGACUCACUACAAGGUCAGACAGACCUAUCUCUUUUAGGGGAGGUUUUAUGGAGCUUAGACUCACCACUCUACUUCUAAGCGAGUUGGCGGGCUUAAGUAGGUAUAUUUGCCACCAACUCAACUGGAGCACAAUUAUCAAUAUUUGGUUCAUGUUAUCGCAAGAACAGAAUUAUUUUUUAGUAUCGAUGUAGAGCUAUAAAUAAUGCAUUUAAAGGUAUAAUACAUAAAUAUUUUGAUGCUAUUAUAUGCCAAAAAAUUGUGUGUGUACGAGUAAUUAAAAAAAAUCACUAAAUGAUGAUGUAUAAACACUUAUUCUUUGACGUAUGUUACUUGACAUAUACGAAAUUGAGAUUAUAUGUAACAAUGUCAUCCAAUGCUUACUAACAACCUGUCGUGGAUAUCAUACAGUACAUAUAUGACAUUUCUCAGUUGAUUUGAUGUUAAUUUUAAUAGGUUGUUGAUACCAAAUUAGUGAAUAGGCCCGCUGAGAUGCUAAUUAACAGAAACAUUUACUUAAAAUUGUCUACAUAAAUAUUUGCAACAAACAAUGCAUUCUCUUGUAUGUCUGUGUCGCUUCAUAUAAUAUUAUAAUAAUAAUAAAUGGUGUAUGUCAA